AUGAGACUCGAUACUCCCGUCUAUCAAAGAAUGCUCAGAUAUAGAUACAACAUUUAUAGAGCUGUUGGAUUCCUUCCUGCAGUUGGACUCCUAGUAUAUUGGACACUAGAGCAUGGUUUCAAGAACUUCAAUUCAUAUAUUCUCAAUCCACCUCAGCCAGGUGUGAAAAAGAGAGAAAAGGGUGAAGACAUAGAAGAUUAA